AUGGGCCUUCAAAUUUUGCAUAGUGGGCCCUUAAGCCACCCUUCCCAGUUUCCAAAUAUAGCAAAUCUUGAUGAGCUGGUUGGGGAGCAUUUCCCAAAGCUUUCCAUUUCUUCUGCAACCACAUCAAACUUGAAGACUCAGCAAUAUAACAAGGACUUUUUGUCCUUGUUGGAUAGAUUGGCCAUUUACAAAGGGUCUGCCACACCUGUCAUGUCUGUAACUCUUCUUCUCUGGACAAUAUCAGAGGAAGCAGGGUGGCGUACACUCAGUGUUGCCGUGUUUUGA